AUGGUAAAUAAAGCCUCAACACUGAUAGAUUUAAUACUUGUUUUGUCUGAUUGCAUUACUGAGUUAAGACAGCUUGAAACCGAAGCUAAAUGUGAGACUGUGGAGUUGCAGAAAGGAGAUGCCAAGUCCAAUGAAGAAACUCAAGGUAAAAAGAAUGAUGCCAUGAAGAACAAGAUAAAACAGAUGAUGGACGUGUCACGGAUAAAGACAACUCUGACAAUUGUUGAAGGAGAACGAGACCGAUAUAAGGCAAAACUACUGGCUGAAGAAAAUUCCAGACACCAACUGGAAGAGCAAAUACAAAAGCUGGAGCAUGGUCAUGCUUCUUUGAAAAGCGAGAAGUCCCAUCUCGAAAUUGAAUUCAAGACCAUGGAACAGAAACUGGACAUCAUGGAUAAGUUGUACCAACAGAAAGAGAAUGCACUCCAGCAAAAACUAACACAGGAAGAGUAUGAGCGUCGUGAAAAGGAGCAGAAACUAUCUGAAGUCGAUAGCAAGGCUGUGCAAGCACGAGAAGAAUUAAAGAUUUACAAGCAAAGAAUUCAAGAAAUCGGGGAGGAAUUACAAAAAACAGACCGCUUUUAUAAAAUUCAGAUUGCAUCUUAUGAAAAGAAAGCACAUGAAAACUGGCUUAAUGCACGAGCUGCUGAAAGGACUUUAGUGGAAGAGAAGAGAGAAACUUCAAACCUAAGACAAAAACUUGUUGAAGUUAAUGAUAAACUCAAAGAAAUCCAAAGAACUUCCCUAAUUAAAUCAACCCCUGGCCGCCCAGAUAGACAGAUCCCACCACCACAUAGAGGCACACUGAACCAUAACAACUGCUAUGGCCCACCUCCUGUGAGUGGAGGUGACCCUUCCCACCCACCAAUGAUUGAGGGCCCUGGGCACCCUCAUUCUGCUCCUGUGGGCAGAAGAGAACCCUUCGGUCACAUGGAUGGUCAAUUUGGUCCAAGAAGACCCCCACCUGAAACUUCCACACGAUUUUCUGGCCCUGAACGUGGACUUCCACCUCCAUUCAGAGCAGAUGUUGGAGAAUGUGCCCCACCAUUGAUUUCUAGUGGCCCAAGGACUUCCUCGCCUAGCAUUCCAUUGGAUGACUCGCAAAUUCCUGUUGAACCUCAGGCGUUAUCAUCUUCCCCACCAAAAGAACCAGCUACUAUGAACUCUAAAGCUGAAGAUGCACCAUCAUUUCCAGGGGCUCCGAUCAUGAAUUCACCAGUGACCGGUCCUGCACAUCCACCACCAUCAAAAGGAUUUGCCCCUCCACCAAUGACCAGACCUCCCAACGGAUAUGGCCCUCUGCCCUUCGCUGGGCAUCCUCUACCUGUCCCAGGCCCUCGCUACAGACCUCCACAUCCAGUUAGAGGACCCUAUGGUCGCAUGCUAUAUGGACCUGCUCCACCCUGGAGUGGUUGUGGACCACCUCCACCGCACAGAGACUAUUGGCCAGGACCUCCCCCUCCAUUUGGCUUAAGGGAUUUUGCACCUGGAAUGAGAGACUUGCCCUCUGGUUUUCCACCACCACAUGGACCUUGGGACUAUCCCUUUCCACCCAAAAACAUGCUUCUUAGGACUGUUCCUCCACCAGGCAUGAGAGACUAUCCAGGCCCACAAGGUCCACCACCACAGAUGGGUCCCAGAGACUUCAAAGCAGGCCCCCCAGUACCACAACAGAUGGGCCCAAGGGACUAUCCUCCAGGCCCUAGUUUGCCACCACAACAGAUGCAACCCGGAGACUUCUCAAAUUCACAGAAUGGGCCAUAA